GAAAUUAUGAACUUCCGAUUUUUUAUUCAGUAUUUGUUUUUACUAUUAAAAAAAAUCACAUUUAAGACUUACACUAGCUAGAAGCUCUGUAAUUAAUCCAAAGCCAACAUGGAAACUCACGUUAUAUGUAAGCAAAGGCCUUCUAUUUGGACCUUCUACUUUUGUGCACAUUAAAUUCUCCUUUGAAGUUAUAGUACUACUCCAAGGGAAACAUCCUAUAUAAACACCUAAGUCUUGUACUACAUUUUAUCACACCAAGAGAUAUACACUCACACAACCACAAGGUUUGUGGAAAACACCACCAUUUGAAGCUAUGGUAUCCUUUUACAAAGCACUGACUGAGAGUCCAAGAACUGAAGUUCACGAAGAAUUUGAAGCAUCCUCAAAGAAAAGAAAAUGGGAAGAACCAUUUACCGAACAAUUCUUCAAGGACCAAAUAAAUUUAGAGAAAAGGCAAUCCCCCUUUGAUAUAGAGCCUCGUCUCGAAACACAGUUUCCUUCAAAUAAAUGGUGUCAAUACCUUAGUAUUCAGUCAGGGCAGAUACAGUUGUGUAACACAAGACUGGAUUGGACAACGAAAGAAAACUCAAAAAGAAGCCACCAAUCACCUCCUUCUGAUCACAUGAGCUUAGACCUUGAGCUAAACUUGACAUGUGAAUCACAAAGGAAAAAAGCAAACAGUACUUGUGAUGACAUGAAGCAGAAUUCUAGUUCCCCUAAGAGUUUGAUUGAACAUGGUGAUCUUAGUAUUGAAUCAAACAGGUGUAAGAAAGGUUCAGGUGGUUUAACUGGUUCUCCGUCGUGGUUGUCGUCUGAGGGAGAUUAUAAAGAGAUGGUUGCAACAGUUUGCAUGCAGUGCCACAUGUUGGUAAUGCUAUGCAAAUCAUCACCAACUUGUCCUAACUGCAAAUUCAUGCACUCACUUGAUCAGAACCCUUCAAAAUUCUUGAAGAGCAUGUGCAGCUUUUUCUGCUCAAGUUAGGAACAUGCAGAUAGUACUCAUAAUGAAAUUUUCAGCUUUAUAUACAGCCUGGCAUGGACCAAUCCUACGUUAUCUAUCUUGUUAUUUUUUCCUUAUUCUCUGCUAAAUAGCCCAAGUUUGUUUAUAUAUCUUUAGCUACAAGUUGAAAAUAGUGGAUUGAUGGUUAAUCUAGCUAGCUUCAUGUACUGAUACUUUGAGCGCUAGAUUGAGUUCUGAUAAGUGACUGCUGUAGAGACUAGCCUAGUUCAUAAUCAUAUUAUGUAGAUACUGGUCUUGAUCAUCCAUAUUUAUCAACAUUGCAACAAAUGUUCAAUUUGACUAA